AUGCAUACGUCUUUCGUCUCUCUCCUUCUCUUUGCAGCGCCGGUCGCCGUCAGCGCAUGUGAAGGCGAAUGCAUCGUCCAGAUCACGAAUGCGUUCCUCGGUAACUAUACCGAGCACAUCCAGACCGUCUUUGAGAGCAUUUCGCAACAAAUAUCACAGAAGCUACUCCCACAGCAUCCAAGCACCGCCCAGACCCUGUCUUACCUCAGACCCAUUCUCGACACCUACAAGAGCAGGUCGUACACAGCCAUGGAGACCGCCAUAUUCCCUUCGUACUUCCAUGGCAAGUGUCAGCGCAACGGCGUCGACCCGCCUGGAUGCCCGAACCCCGACUGCCCCGUCGUCUGCGGCACGCCCGGCUCGCUCGUGCACUUCUAUCCGAAGCUGCGGUACAUCGCAUACAACCAGACGCGCGCGCUUUUGGCGGACCUGGCGGCGCCCGGAUCCCAGAGCUACGAAAAGGUCGAAAGCGCGGUGAUGAAGGCGGCGACGAUGCGCCGGAUGGUACGGUGGUAUCGAUUCGGGCAUCCUGUUGCGCCGAACUUGCCAUAUGUGCGAAAGCGGGAGGAGAACGUGAAAGAGGGGUUCAAGAAUAUCAUGGCCCAGGUGGCUCUGCUGUUAGAGAAGUCCUGCGGUGGGCGGGCGACGGACGACGAGGGGGCGCUGUCACAGUGUAGCUGGGAGGCGGCAAUGAAGGAGUUCAUCUUGACCUUUCCGUGA